UCCUGUUGUUGGUUGUGGAAGAAGUUCCGGUACAGCGUCAACAACAUGGAACGUGAUUCACGAGAUGGGGCAAGUCCUCGGACCCUGCCUGAACCACAGAGGGUGGAGGGGGAUGGUUCUCCUCUACCAAGCAGUUUGGAUGAAAGCAGGAGGAACCCACAACGCGGGCAGUCAAAGCCUUUCUCUAUCAACUUUGAGGUUGACAUCAUCCAAAUAAUGCUGUUCAUUGCUGCCCUUGCCACUCGAUUCUGGCUCCUAGGCUUACCCAGGGCAGUUGUGUUUGAUGAACUACACUUUGCCAAGUUUGCCUCCCUGUACAUGAAGAAGAUAUUUUUCUUUGAUGUUCACCCACCACUGGGGAAGAUGUUGCUGGCUCUGGUCGGUGGGUUCUGUGGGUUUGAAGGUGAAGCCCACUUCGCUAGGAUUGGAGAAGAGUACCCUGUGACAUUCCCUGUACACACUGAACAUUGCUGUUUCCCAGACAAUGCCCUCCUCACACAGUCCAGGUUCAUGUUGAUGGAGGGUAUGAUGGUAUUUUUCCUCUGUCUCUCCGUCUUCAGCUACCUCAAAUUCAGAAACCUGGCUCACAGAGAGUUCUCUAUCCAGUGGUGGUUCUGGCUGUCCUUGAUGGGCGUGGCCUGUACAUGUACGUUGAGUAUUAAGUAUGUCGGGUUCUUCACCGCCCUCAUCCUGAUGACAAUGAUGGUCAAGGACUACUGGCACAUGUUGGCUGAUGUGAGGAUCAGUGAUCUGGACCUGGUUAAACACCUGUCUGUACGAGUCCUUACACUGAUGUUCGUCCCACUGUGUAUAUAUGUGUCCCUGUUCUACAUCCACCUGACCACACUGACCAAAGCUGGACCUCAUGAUAAUGUCAUGACAAGUGGAUUCCAGGCUAGUCUGGAGGGAGGUCUGGCAGCACUGACCAAGGGCCAGCCUCUACAUGUGUCAUACGGGUCACAGAUCACACUUCGCCUCACCCAUGGUGCUGCUGGGGCCAAGCCUUGCUGGCUGCACUCACACCAGCACGUGUACCCCGUACGUUACCCCGACGGCCGCGGCAGCUCACACCAACAACAGGUCACGUGUUAUCUCUUCAAGGAUGUAUAUAACUGGUGGAUCGUCAAACACCCAGACAGGGAGUCGCUGGUUGUUGACGAGCCUCCUCAGGCGGUAAAGCAUGGGGAUGUUGUACAGCUAGUCCAUGGGAUAUCUAGUCGGGCACUGAACAGCCAUGACGUAGCUGCCCCUAUGACACCUCAGAACCAGGAGGUGACUUGUUACAUAGACUACAAUGUGUCCAUGCCUGCACAGAACCUUUGGAGGAUGGAAAUUGAAAAUCGUGAGAAUGAUGAAGAAACCUGGCAGACAAUCAAAAGUCAUGUGAGGUUUGUCCACAUGGACACUCGACAAGCCCUAAAGGCGACUGGUAAACAGCUGCCGGAGUGGGGGUUUCACCAGAUAGAGGUGGCCACAGACCGUGUGGUCACACAGCCCGGCACUGUCUGGAACGUGGAAGAGCACCGCUACACAACAAAUCCAGAGAAGGAGCAGCAGGCGCGGGAGUUGGCCAACACAGAGAUGAUCCCACUGAAGCCCACACACCUGUCAUUCUGGACCAAGUUUUACGAGCUCCAGACAAAGAUGUUCUUCUCCAAGACUGAUAUUGACCUGGAGCACAAGUACAGCUCCGGUCCACUGGACUGGCCCUUCCUCACCAAGAACACUGCCUACUGGAUGUCUUCUACAUCCAAUGCCCAGAUCCACCUCCUCGGGAACCCUGUCGUCUGGUACUGUGGCUCGCUCUCCCUCUUCAUCUACAUAGGACUGUUUGUCCUUUACCUCAUGAGGCGAAGACGUGACAUAUUUGAUCUGACUGAAAGUGAGUGGCACCAUUUCCUGUUUAUCGGGGAGCUCCUGAUUGGAGGAUAUUUCUGCCACUACCUGCCCUUUUUCCUGACGGAUAGAACACUUUUCAUGCACAGUUAUCUCCCUUGUGUUAUCUAUAAGAUCCUGUCUUUGGCAGCUGUGGUGGACCACAUAUACAUAAUAUCUCACAGGUUUGUGUUUGCCCCGACAGUGGUGUGCGGUGUUUGUCUGGGCCUUGUAUCAUCAGCAGUGUGGGCAUUCUUCAAAUUGGCUGUGUUCAGUUAUGGAAACACCAACCUGACACCGGAGCACAUUAAGCAUAUCACCUGGAAAGAAAGCUGGGACUUCCUUGUCCAUACACAGCCAUGAUAUCCGGAGACCUUGUGACACAGGCCUGUGUGGAAGUACGGGUCUCCUCUAGGAGGAGCAAGAUGAACCAUGAAGCAGAACCUUUUGAUGAACUUGUGCCAUUUCAGUAAUUUAAGUACAUCAUAGUUAUUUUUGACGUGACCUUUGAUCAGUACCAUGCACACUAGAUAUUAUUGUUUCUAGUCACACAUCUGUUGAUGAAUAUCUCUCUCUGUGAUGUUUAUGCUAAAGGGUUGGCUGGCCAGUGUUGGUGAAGGGUUGGCUGGCCAGUGUUGGUGAAGUGUUGGUGCAGACUUCUUUGAGAUGUUUAGAGUUGAUAAGCUUUGUUAACACCUAGGUAUACAGGUACAACUUUGUUUAAGUUAUCAAUAUGCCAUAUUCAUUGUAAGUUCCCUCAAGUAGUGGUAUUGCAGCUAUUCACCAAGACAGUCAGAAUUUCAUAACGCUAUUUUUGCAAUUUCACUUUCCUGUCCUGUCUGGUGCUCCAAUAUACCACAAGUCUAGAACUAUGAUAGGAUUGUAAUGGUAAUAUUGAGUUCAGUAAGUCCCAAGGUUGUAAUGUUUAGGCAGUAGUUACCUGGGGUGGAGUGCAAUACAUAUUUCCUCUAAUUAAUGACCUUGGCUUACUUUAAAAGUAGGUUACAGGGUUUUUUGUGUAAUAACUUUGGAACGAUUGAGAUCCCCAACCUAUAACCAUAUGCCUGAUAUCAUACUGCCGAUAUUGGUCCCGUAGUCUGCCUCCUUUCUCCCUUGUCGUGACAGAAAAUUAUUUAGAUACCUACCCCAUAAUCGUAUAUGCAAUUACUUUGCAUGAAGGGUUGAACAAAAUCAUGCUACCAGGCUUUAACCAAAUCAGACCCCACCCCUUGGGACUUUGUAGGUCAUGACUUAGAAACAGUUGAGAUCCUCACAACCAUAAAGAACCACACUGUCAGAAAAUAUGUUGGAAAAAAAGUAAAUUAACAGAGAAUCUAACGGGAAAAUGUUGAAAUAUGUAAGACUUUUGGCAUGUCACUCUAUGUGCUUUCUGGAUAUGAAGCAAAUAACACCAAGUGCUAUGUAUAAUGUCCUGGGGGGACUUAGUCCAAGGAUCAUAAUAUAGAAGCUAUUGACAUUCAAACCUUAUAACUACAUGCUAUAUAUAAUGUCCUGGGGGGACUUAGUCCAAGGAUCAUAAUAUAGAAGCUAUUGACAUACAUAUCCUAGGCAUAUCAACCAAUUUGCUACUAUUAUUUUUGGUACGAAAGAAAUUUUAGCAAAUCAGUUACAUCCAUAUAAAACAUCAAGCCUUAGCAGGAUGUAACCGAUUUGCGUUCUCACUGAUAUGAAAAUUUGAAAUCUAUUUUACAAAUUACUGAACCAAAGUCCAUCAUUGUUUAUUUAUAGUAGUUGUUGUUCCCUGUAUGGUGUGGACUGCUCAGAAGCUGUUUUCUGUGACAAUAGGUUCAGCUGAAAACAAAUCCAUGGAAAUCCAUUUAAAAACAGAUAUUUAGAGAUAGUUUUAUUUUAAUAUUACCUGUGUAUUACCCUUGAAAAUGAAAUGAUACUGAAACUUUAAGCCACAGACCAAUUAUACCCCACACCCACUUCUGACUAACUUUUGGUUGUAAUGUUUCAUUAAAAUCUAUCUUGAAUUUUAAGAGAUGUCUUGAUGCAUUUCUGUCUACAGGGUGCCUACAUAUUUAUGUACUUAUUCUCUUCAAUGAUUGUAGCCAGGUUGUGAAAUUCUAAUUCUUCUACAACCAUCUUUUUACAAAAAAAUAUCUGGACAUUGUUAAUAGUUAUAUUAAGGGUUGGUAACUUACAGGGUAUUUACGGUAAUUUAACGGGAAUGGGAGGGGUCUGCCUGGAAUAGAAUAAUACAGCAAUUUCUCAGGAGUGAUGUCUGACAGGAUUUAUACCGUAAUUGUUAUUUAGUGCAAUACGUCUAUGUGGAUGUGCCUUAAUAUUUACAGUUUUUCAUUUUAGAUCUUGCCUUGUAUAACUUGUCAUGUGUAAACAAUCUGUGUGUCCUUCCUGAUACAAGUCAGUUUCUGCCACAAAGCAAGCUGUUAUUUUGCAAUUUAUGUGUGAUGUGCUUUUAUUAUAUAGGAUAGAAAUCUCUUGUUGAGGGAGGGAAGAGAAAGUUGAGUCUAACUAACGGAGUGUCAAGAUGAUUGGAUGAUAGAACAGUUCCACUACAUUCCAGAUUAAGAUUAUUAACUGUUAUACUUGUACAAGUUGUGUGUGUAUGGCAGUCAGCCAUGUGUCGGAAGUUAUACAGAAGAGUUAUCACAGCCAUGUCUUGAAAUGUGCCUUUGUAUCUGGUUUUACAGACCUGUAUCAUUACUUCAUGGGAGAUUACUCUGACACUACCAUUCACUGACUGAUGUACAGGUCCUUUAGAAUAUAUACUAUUCCAUUUGUGCUGUCCUUAAUAUUUUAAUAAUAUUUGUGUCUUUAUUUUUCAGCAAUACAUAUUUAUUAUGCAUUAAAAUUUUAUUACAUUUU